UGGGUUGAUCUGUCCACCACCAACAGUCUUCCAACUCAAUGAUUCCAUGGUUCCCUCCUAUUGUACCCUUUGCUCCCCCCCCCCAGCCCAGGUCCAUCGUCAGCUACAACCACCUGGGGAACAACGAUGGGAAGAACCUCUCCGCGCCGCAGCAGUUCCGCUCCAAGGAGAUCUCCAAGAGCAACGUGGUGGAUGACACAGUGCAGGCCAACCCGGUGCUGUACGGCCCGCAGGACAAACCCGACCACUGCGUGGUGAUCAAAUACGUGCCCUACGUGGGGGACAGCAAGCGAGCACUGGAUGAAUACACCUCGGAGAUCAUGAUGGGCGGCACCAACACCAUCGUCAUCCACAACACGUGCGAGGACUCAUUGCUGGCCAGCCCCAUCAUCCUGGACUUGGCCAUCCUGACCGAGCUGUGCCAGCGCAUCACCUUCUGCACCGACAGCGACCCCGAGUUCCAGAGCUUCCACAGCGUCCUCUCCAUCGUCGCCUUCCUCUGCAAAGCCCCCCUGGUGCCCGACGGGACCCCCGUCGUCAACGCUCUCUUCCGUCAGCGCAGCUGCAUUGAGAACAUCCUGAGGUACCCACGGGGGGGUCGGGGUGACCCACGGUGGUGCCCAGGGGGGGACACGGGGGUCCCCGUUCCCAAUGCGGAGAUGCCCGGAUGGUGCCUCCCGUUCUGCUGGGUCCCAUUACCCAAC